GUAGAUCAAUUUUUUAGUGGGCUCUUCCAUGAGUCAUCAAAAUAAACAAAGUUAAAAUUUGCAAACAAUUUUGACUGAUUUUUAGUUAAAAUUCAGCCGAAAAGUGACCUUAUUUGUGCCAGAAUUGAUGCAUUUAGUGUAAUUAUACAAGAAUCCAUAAAAUGGAGAGUGUUCACCGGGAGAAAAUCCUCAAAAACAUCGAUUCCCUCAUGAAAGCCACUGAUUAUGAAAAGUUCAUUGAAUGCUGCCUGAAGAAGAAUCUCCUGUCGCAGACAAUGAGGGAGAAUCUGGAGGAGGAAUUUGGCAAUGAGACUGACCGUAAAAUGGCUUUAUGGAGAAAGAUCCCAAAGAGGGGUCCCAAAGCCUAUGAUAAACUCCUGGAGAUUUGUUCUGAGAACUAUCCUCAAGCCUAUAUCAUUCUCAAUAAAGCCAUUGCCAGGAAUCUUGGACAGAUGACCAGUGUGAGUCAAUCGAGGGAGAACUAUGCUCAAUUGGAUGAGCCAGAUAUGAAGGAUGGGAUGUGCUUGUCUGUGGCCAAAAAGGAACCUUUGGAAGUGGCUGAACUCAAGCCAUAUUCUGGAAAACUGGUCAAUCAUCUGAAUCUCACUGUGAAGAAAUCCACAAAAAUCCAUGUAAAUCCCAAAUUGAAGGUAUACAAGAUGUCUUCGAGGAAUCGCGGAGUUCUUUUCCUCAUCAACAUCAUCAACUUCCGGAAGAAAGAGUUCAACCGGAAAGGAGCCAACAAUGACAGGGACAAUCUUAUCUACUUAUUCACAGAAUUGGGCUUUACCAUUUACUAUUUCGAAGACAUUGAACCUGAACAGAUGUUCAAUCACCUCGAAAACUUCCAAAUGCUGGACAGUCUGGACAAAACUGAAUGCUUCGUCUUUGGCAUUAUGACGCAUGGCAACAUUAAGAAUCACCAUACGUACGUAGAAUUUGGUAAUGGAGAAAUUAUCUCACUGGAUUCGAUUCUGGAAAAAUUCUACAACAGCAACUGCUUUUCCCUCAUGAUGAAGCCAAAGAUCUUCAUCCUGCCAUUUUGCAGAGGAAGUCACCCCGAUCAGGGAGUCUACGUCCAGAACAUUCAACAUGACACUGCCCUCAGUAUUCCCGGGGAAGCUGGACAAUCGUCCGUGGUGACGACAAAAAUUACAACAAAAAGUGACAUUCUAAUCUGCUACGCCACAGUGAAAGGCUUCGAAAGUCAUCGAAAUACCGACGAUGGAUCCUGGUACAUCCAAGCUCUGUGCCAGGUUUGGGCAGAAAAUGCCCAUGAUACAGACGUCGAGACCAUGAUGAAGAUGGUAGACACGAAAAUGCGUGAACAAUGGGAAAAAACCGAAACGAGAACCGUCCAGACAGCCUCAAUGGAGAAUUUGGGCUUCAACAAGGUGCUCUAUCUCAAUCCCGGCUACUUCGAGGAUAAUCCAUGACAUUCCCAGUUAUAUUCUUUUUGCUCAAUUUCCAGUCACAUCGAACAAAAUUUUAUCAAAAUUGUGAAUCGUCUUAUUUUUUUAGAAAAUUAUUUUAAUAUGAUUUAUAUCUGCAAGUUAUAAACUAAAUAUACAAUACAAACUUUA